UCGGAUCGGAGCAGGCGUUGCAGCGACUUUUAGACGUUAUUGCCUUGUCAAAACCGACUGCUUCCGGCUAUGGAUGGUUAUGGAAAUGGAUGCAAAAAAUAAUGGACGUAGGACGCUAAGUAGAACCAACGUUGCCGCAAGGGCAGAGGAUAGUUCAACAAACAAGGAUGCCAAAAACACGGUGGAUAGGGGUCAACAGACAAGCAGCUAUACGCCGUAUAUCAGAGAUUUUCGUAUGCACUCUGACGCCGAUGUCAGCACUACCUCUGAUGAGCAGAGAAAAAGCAAGACUGGACGUUCUAUUAUCGAAUUGGACCCAUUUCUUGACUUUGAUGAUCUCCUGCCGGAAGUUGGCGAGUUCGGAUGCUUUCAGAAACUUCUGUUCGCAUUGAUGAUACCAUUUUGCUACAUAUCCGCCUUUGUGUAUCUGAGCCAGAUCUUUAUGACGCUGCCGCCAGAUAAAUAUUACUGCUUUGUCCCCGAGCUGUCGCUUAUUACCAGCGAGGAGGACCGCAAACAGCUUUCCAUACCCAAGAAGGCAGAUGGCAGCUACAGCCGCUGCCAGAUGUAUGAUGUCAAUUAUACGGCCGUGUUUCAGUCCAAGAAUCGCAGCGAGUUAAUUAAUAGCUCCCUGCCGGUAAUACCCUGCCGGGAGGGUUAUGUCUUUGACCGGAACGAGCCUUUUCGCACGGCAACCAUGGAGUUUGGCUGGGUCUGCGACAACGAUCGCUAUGCCACAUACGCCCAAGUGAUUUUCUUUCUGGGCUCCAUUGCAGGUUGCCUGGCUUAUGGACACUUUGCGGAUCAUUGCGGUCGCGUGGCUGCUUUGGUUAGCAGCUGCUCCCUGGCGUUCUUUGGCAGCAUUUUUACAUCGUUGGCCAGUAACUUUCUUAGCUUUGUCAUGAUUCGCCUGAUUGUCGGCGCCUCCUUUGAUACUUGCUUCACCAUGAUAUAUAUUCUGGUACUCGAGUAUGUUGGACCCAAGUAUCGCACCCUCGUGGGCAACUUGUCGCUGGCCAUGUUCUACUCGCCGUUCACAAUGCUAAUACCCUGGAUGGCCCUAUUGCUGCGCACCUGGGGUAACUUUGCACUGGUCGGCUCGAUACCCAUUGCUUUUGCAUUAUGUGCAUAUUGUUAUUUGCCCGAAUCGGCGCGCUGGCUGGUCUCUGUGGGCAAGAUCGACGACGCAAUUGUCAUACUAAAGAACGUGGCAGCCAGAAAUAAACGAACCGUUUCGAAGAGUUACUGGAAGAAAUUCCGCGAGAGUUGCGAACAAUUCUAUAAAGAGGAGUUUGAGGGUCGCAGCUUUACGGUACUCUCAAUUUUUGGACGUCGUCGGCUGGCUCGCUACAUGGUGCUCAUGAUAUUUAUCUGGAUGACUAUGUCACUGAUCUAUGAUGGCCACGUACGUGCCGCGUCCGUCCUGGACAAGGAGAACGUGGUUGUUGUCUUUACCAUAGCCUGCGCGACGGAGCUGCCGGGCGAUCUUCUUGUUAUCGUCACCCUGGAUCGCUUUGGACGUCGCUGGUGCGCCUUUACCUUUACCACGCUGAGCGGCGUUUUCAGUUUGUUGGCGGCUAACGUCAAGAAUCCCACCCACACAUUGGUGGCUGCCCUGGCGGGACGCUUCUUUGCCAAUGUUUGCUACAACAUUGGACUGCAGUGGGCGGCCGAGGUGCUGCCGACGGUUGUGCGUGCCCAGGGCGUGGCCUUCAUACAUACCAUGGGCUUUGUGGCCAUGCUACUCUCCCCGCCGGUUAUCUACCUGUCUCACGUAUCUCUGUCGCUGAUGCUCAACACUCUGGGUGUGCUGGGUAUUUUGGGUGGCAUUCUAUCCCUGUUCCUGCCGGAGACCUUGCACCAGGAUUUGCCGCAAACGCUCAGCGAUGGCGACGACUUUGGCAAAGAUCAACGCUUGUGUCAUCAACCUUGCUGCGGACCGGGAGCGAAGCACACGCAACGACAAAAACGGAACUGGCACGAGGGCUCCAGUUUGCGCACCCUUUCACGGGAUGAGUUCCGAUCCCAAAAAAUGCAUCGCGUCGCCGUGGUUAGACCACAUGGAAGCAACGUAACCCUCCGCAGGCCUUCUUUAGUUAGUCAGGGGACAGAGGUUUUGGAAAGGAUAGAAAAGUUCACAUCACAAGAUGGAUCAAAGCGAAACAUGAAAUAAAUAUAAAUCUUGAUUGUUUAUCACACCUGUCGACAGGUAUAGUUCAGACCCAAAUUGUUAAACUCGACGCAGCGACUGCUUAUCCAAUUUACCAGCAGCGUUAAGAAAUUUUUGUAUUGCCAGUUUAUUUUAUGGUUGUGCCUUGUGUUUAAUUUACUAUAUUAAUAAAUUUUUUUCGCAACUCCAUUCAAAAA